GACGUCAUCACAACGCGACGACGCGCUGUUUUACGUCAUAACUGCGACUGGCGGGGGCAGCAGUAGCCGGGCGGCACCAUGCUCAAGGUAAUUCGGCUGGGGGCCACCCCAGUAAGCCUGAGCUUGCUUUCUAUCCAGGUUUAUGCUUCCUCUUCAGAGAAGGGAACAUCCAAAAAAGAGUUGCUGAAAAUUGAUGAGCUGUCACUCUACUCCUCUCCAGCUCGUGAGACUAAAUAUGUGGAGAAUCCACAAACCCAAUUGGAGGAGGGGGUUUCACAGCUACGGCAUGCUAUGGAGCCAUACACAGCCUGGUGCCAGGAUCUUUAUGCCAAAGCUAUGCCCAAAUUAGAGAAAGCUGUUGAGCAUGGUAGAGAGGGCUUUGAAUUUCUGCAAACCCCCCCUGCUGGAUUUUAUCCUAGGCUCGGUGUGAUAGGUUUUGCUGGAAUUCUUGGAUUGUUUCUUGCCAGAGGAUCAAAAAUAAAGAAGUUGGUGUAUCCUGCAGGUUUCAUGAGUAUUGGUGCUUCCAUGUAUUAUCCUCAACAAGCAGUUGCUAUUGCAAAGGUUGCUGGUACCCAUCUGUAUGACUGGAGUCUUCAGGGAUAUAUUGCUGUAGAAUCUCUUUGGAAGGAUAAUCCUAAAAAGAAGAAGUCUGGGAAAAAAGGUGAUAAGGGUGAAGUGGAGGGUGACAAGCCCCUGGAAGUCCAUGCUGCUUCAAAUGAAGAGCGAGCCCUGAAGUAGAACACCGGAUCACUUGAUGUCAAACAGCUGCCAACUGUCUAAAUAGAGCUCAGAUUUAGAAAACUCCACCAGUUUUUAUUCCAUGCGUCAUCACCACUCGCAAACACUAUGCAGAGUGCACAUCUGCUGAACAAGUGUUCUACUUUUACAGCUUUACCAGCUAAACUAGUUUUUAAUGUUGUGCUUCCAUUAAUAUUUAAUUGCUAUAGCUAGUUCGCAAAAGGGCAAAGAUACUUUGAGUGGCAGAUCUACUGAAGUUUUCCUUCAGACACAAGAACUAGUUUUCUGUCAGAAUAUGAAGUCUCUAAAUGUGUUUUCUAGUAUCUUAUAAGAGAGCCACAUAAAAAUACACAAAACGAGAUUUUUUUUUUUUUUUUUUGUAAGAUAUCAACAAAAGCAAGGAAAGCUGCUCUGAAAUUCACUAACGUAUUGUGCUGCUUUUUAGCUAGGACAGUGUUAAUAAGUGAUAAAAAGCCAGGAAGGCUUAACUUUUGAAUAUUUAUGGGAUGCUGUCCCAGUACUCAAUACAAACAGAAACCCAUAAAUAAAUCUUAUUUUCUUUAGCAUGUGAGCAUAAUUUCUGCCAGGUCUUUACUCGCUGUCUGAGACUUCAGUACUUGUGCUUAUGGCAAGUUUUCUUUAGAAGAAGAAUUAAAAAAAAAAAAAAAAAAAAGUAGGAGGAAAAGCUGUCAGGAAGAUUUAUA